AUGACUACCGGAUUGAACAGAGAAGAAAUUGAGAAAAAAUACAACGUAAGACCCUUCAAGGAAGCAACACCGUCGAAGAGUGGCAUCAAGCCAAUUGAAUUGGACAGUAUUGACUUGUCCUUAUUUAAAGAAGGGCCAGAGAAUUUCGAGACAAGGAAACAAUUGGCUGAUAAAUUGGAAAGAUCAAUUUCUACUUACGGGUUUUUUUCCUUAAUUAACCAUGGUAUUGAUACUGAAAGAUUUGACCAUUUACGCUCAAUCGCCCAAUCAAUCUUAGAACUACCAGAGGAAACUAAGAGAAACCACCUUGCAGGGGCUCUAACCUCAGACAGCGAAGACCGUUCAAAGUCUUUAGGUGGUGAACGUGGAGCUGGUUUCAAACCAAGAGGAUAUUGGUCAAUGAAGAAUGGUGUUAGAGAUUCAAUUGAGCAUUACAAUUUCCGGGAUAUGUUACAGUCUAAAUUUUUCGAUGAAGACAAGAAUUAUCCAGAAGUCGUGAAGGAAUACUUACCGGAAAUUUCUGAAUAUUUUAAAAAACUACAUUUAGAUAUUUUAAGAAAAGUUACAAUUUUAUGUGACAUUGUUUUGGAAAUACCUGAAGGUUACUUAUGGGAAAAUUAUUAUAAGGUUAUACCUGAAGAUUACGUUAAUUCAGGACACGGAUUUGGAAGGUUUAUGAUGUAUCAUGAAAUGAAUCCAGAAGAUGAGGCUAAAGUUGAUAAACAAGUAUUACGUGGUCAUUCAGAUGGUACUGGUUUUACUUUCAUUACUUCACAACCGAUUUUAUCUUUACAAAUCAGAGAUUAUUAUACUGGGGAAUUCAAAUAUGUGGGGCAUAAGAAGAAUUCAUUGAUUGUUAAUGCCGGAGAUGCAACAGAGUUUAUUACUGGAGGAUAUUUCAAGAGUUCUAUUCACAGGGUAGUUGCGCCUCCAGAUGAUCAAAGACAAUUCAAGCGAUUGGUGAUUAUUUAUUUCUGUGACCCUAAAUAUCCGGCCGUUUUAGAUCCAGAGCCUUUGAAUAGUCCUAAAUUAAAAAGAUUAGGGUUUGUAAAGCCUAAGGAAUGGGAAAAAAUCGAUUUUGCUAAAUGGGAUGAUGAAAAGGGUAGACUUUUUGGGAAGAAAGAAGUCAAUGAUAGUCAAGGGGAUGAACCUAAUUUAGUCUUACUAUAUGGACGAUUACAUGAACGUUGGCAUCAAGCUGAAGCAAAUUUUUCUCUUGAGGAAGCGAAGAAAAAGUAUAAGAUUAUUGAAAUCAAUAAUUAA